AUGGCGUUCCUUCAAGGACCUUCGCCUAAACAGGCGGAAAUAAUUAAGCAGGAACUGGGCGAGGGACCUGGUGAUUUGGAAAGGGGAGUCAGGGACCUGCAGAGUAUGUGUGCAGCCUCACCCUAUCUUCCGCAACCGGAAGUAAUAGACACCCACAUACUGGAAUUGUUCAUGCGCGGCUGCCGGAUGGACCAAGAGCGUGCGCGGGCGAAGUUUGAGGCGUUCUGCUUGGCUCGGGCACGCUGCCGUGAUCUCUACGAGCAUCGAUCCCUCAACGAACCCCCGCUAAACGACGUUGGAAAGUUCUUGGACAUCGCACCGUUACCAAAGUUGACGGACGAAGGCCUUCGGGUUACAAUAUUCAGGGUACGCGCGGGUUAUCCGGAAAGCUCCGCUGAUAUAGCGGCAACAGUACGAGCGAUAUUAUUACUCAGUGACGCGCGAAUGCACGACGAAACGCUUUUAGCCGGAGAUGUGUUCAUUUGGGAGGCGUCGAAUAUUCGCGCUUCGCUCGCUGCGCGCGUCGCCGCCGCGGCGAGUUCGGUGCGGCGGGCGAUUCACCUCGCUCACGCUGCGUACCCGCAGCGGAUGCGACGCAUUCACGUGGUCGGCGCGCCGCCCCUAAUCGCAUCCUCUCUUGCCUUCAUUAGGUCGUGCGUCAAUGAGAAAAUUCGAAAACGGUACUACUUACAUCAAAAAGUAGAGGAAAUUUUGGAGCAUUUCCCGGCGCGAGUGUUGCCAGCAGAGUGGGGUGGCGAAGAGGAGUCCGUUGACGUCAUCACCAAAAAGUGGAGAAGACGCGUGGACGAACUUAGAGACUUUCUACGGGAUCUUGGCGAGCUCGCUAAUGUCACACAAGAGCCUCAGUACGAUAGCGACAUUUAUGGCACUGUCGGCGCUUUCCGAAAACUGGAUAUUGAU